GUGUUUCUUUCACCUUUCAUUACAUAAUCUUCCGGUCAGCUGAUAAUAUUACCAGCUGCAUCGACUAUUCUUUCAAACGCUUCAUACAUCGAUCAAUUUUCCUAUUUGAAUAGCCGGCUGACUCUAGACUGCCUCGUGUAUAACAUCUGGGAGUUCCAAAUACACAUUUAUGGGAAUACACGUGUUCAAUCCCUUUUGGCAUCCGAGAAUGACGGGUUAUUAAACCAGGAACUCCGCAACCAAAAGGCGUUACCAAAAUCCAACAAGUGGGAACCUCGACAAGUGGUUGACCCGACGUGAGUUCGGAUAUUUCGACUCAGCAAACAUCAUCCGGUGAGUCGUAUCCAAUUUCGUCAUACUUCCAUCAUUUCAUGUAUGCUAAUAUGACUGACCAGCAACCAGGGGAAAUUAACACCGUAUCUACUAGUUGUUUACCAACAUUUUGGAUACAGUAUCCCCAGUUAUGGUUUAUGCAGGUCGAGACAUUUUUUGAAAUCAAUCGCAUACCUAAGGAUGCGUUAAAGGUUCAUCACGUUAUUUCCCGACUCCCACCUGAGAUGUUGCUUCUGGCGCAGGAUAUCAUAAAAACGAGCAGUACAUACCAACAGUUAAGAGACUUGGCUAUCCGUGAGCUUAGCCUUAGUGAGCGUAAAAGAGUGCAGCGUCUACUUAAUGAAGAGCAAUUAGGCGAUCGCACUCCUACGCAACUAUUACGAGCCAUGCAAGCUUUGGUAGGUGAAAACCCUCCAGAAAAUUCCAUUUUUAAGCAGCUAUUUAUGCAACGGCUCCCUGUACAUGUACAACAGAUUCUGGCUAACGCCCACCAGGAUACCGAACUAAAAGAUUUAGCCCUUAUGGCUGAUAAGAUAAUGGAGAUACAAACGCCAACGAUCUCAAACUUAUCACCUCGUACACCUGACGACGAACUCGUUAAAGCCGUACGCUCCUUGCAACAACAACUGGCUUCCAUUACCAUCACCAGACGAAGGAGCAACUCCCGAUCUAAUCAACGGCGUACUCGGAGUGUUAGUCGUCUCCGUGGCAUAUGCUGGUACCACCGUAGGUUCCGCAACAAAGCAAAAAAGUGCGUGAAACCGUGUCGGUUUUCCGAUUCGGGAAACGACCACGCCAGCACGUAAUGGCGACGACGCAAGCUGGCA